AUGGCGACCGGUGAGAGGCGAUCAAAUCUCAGGUUGCUCAGGACGUCAUUGAUUCUGGACCAAGGCGACACACGCACGACUCGCCAUGGAGACUGUCUCAGACCGUGUACUUACAACGCGAGAACAGUUUCCACAGACGCCGACCUGCAUGCCUUUCUCGGAGCUGCAGAGCGUAUCAAAUUUCACGUGACUGCUCUGCAGGGGACCAAGUGCAGGAGCGACGUGCGACAGAUGAAUGACGGUACACUCGUCAUUCGUGGAGAGAAGAUUCCGUCGCAAAAUGUAGGCGGUGUUGGUUUUGUUGUGCACCCAUCUGUCGUCCAUCUCGUCGAUUCUCACGAGAUCCUGUCACCUCGUCUGGCCAUUCUUCGCCUCCGCCCUCUGCGCCAAAAAACCCAUCAGUAUCACCAACUGCUACUUACCAACAUCAGCAGCUGA